UCUAAACUUCACGCCUUGGGCCGACGAAGCGACCUUCUCUUUCCAGAGAUAAGCGAGAUCGCCGAGAGAGAGAGAAGCAAGGCGCGGACAUCGAAUGUUGCAGGAGGUGAAGAGGUCGGGCCUUCCGACCACGAGAUCUGCCGCAGGAUCACGUAGACGGCAGAUCCAGAAGACGUUCAACAACAUCAAAAUCACGAUCCUAUGCGGCUUCGUCACUAUACUUGUCCUCCGCGGCACCAUCGGGGUUGGAAACCUUGGCGGAGUAUCUGACGCUGACUCCGACCAGAGGGUCGUCGAGGACAUCGAGCGCAUCCUCCUCGAGAUCCGCUCCGAUUCCGAACCUGAUGAGGUUGGUGCUGCUCAAUUCUCCAUUGCCGCAGUUGUCAACAUCACAACCGUCGACAACAUCACUCUGGCUGGAGCUGAUGCAGCGGCCUAUGCCGCGGGUAAGAGCUACAAGCUAGGCCCUAAGGUCUCUGAUUGGGAUCAGCAGCGAGAGCAGUGGUUGACCGCGAAUCCUGGAUUUCCUAGUCGAAUAGCAGGCGGGAAGCCGAAGAUUUUGCUUGUUACGGGGUCACCGCCCAAUCCUUGUGAUAACCCUCUCGGUGACCAUUAUCUUCUCAAGGCCACCAAGAACAAGAUCGACUAUUGCCGUAUUCACGGGAUUGAGAUCAUCCACAACAUGGCUCACCUCGAUCGGGAGUUGGCUGGUUAUUGGGCCAAGCUCCCCCUGAUCCGUCGCUUGAUGCUUUCUCACCCGGAGGUUGAGUGGAUCUGGUGGAUGGACAGUGACGCGCUUUUCACCGACAUGGCCUUCGAGAUCCCGGUAAACAAAUACGAGGGCUAUAAUCUCGUCAUCCACGGCUACCCCGACCUUCUUUUUGACCAGCAUUCUUGGAUCGCCCUUAAUACAGGGAGUUUCCUUUUCCGGAAUUGCCAAUGGUCGCUAGAUUUGCUAGACACUUGGGCGCCUAUGGGCCCGAAGGGACCAGUUAGGGAUGAGGCUGGUCGGAUUCUUACUGCCAGUUUAAAAGGGCGGCCAGCAUUCGAGGCUGAUGACCAAUCGGCGCUCAUCUAUCUUCUUCUUUCUCAGCAGGAUACAUGGGGGGCUAAAGUUUUCAUAGAAAAUUCUUACUACUUACAUGGAUUCUGGGCUGGGCUGGUUGAUAAGUAUGAGGAGAUGAUGGAAAAGCAUCAUCCUGGUUUGGGUGAUGAAAGAUGGCCUUUUGUGACCCAUUUUGUAGGAUGCAAGCCCUGUGGUAGCUAUGGGGAUUAUCCAGUUGAGAGAUGCAUCAGCAGCAUGGAAAGGGCAUUCAAUUUCGCUGAUAAUCAGGUACUCAAGAUAUAUGGUUUUGCACAUAAAGCGCUGUCAAGUCCGAAGAUUAAGAGGAUCAGGAACGAGACAUCUACUCCUUUGGAGGCUAAGGAAAGCCUUAACCUCCAGGAUAAGAUAAAAACUGGAUGAGCUGGAGAGGAUGGUUUGAAGUUCAAUUUCAUUGCCAUUGGAGGUCAGUUCCAUGGUUUUGUUGUGUGAUAUGAGGAUUUACUUGUUGGAAUUUGUAAUUUAAGUUUCAGGACUUCACCUUUUUUUUUUUUCUUUUGAUA